AUGUCAAGUGAAAACCUUAUACAAAAACCAAUGAAAAAUACUAAUUAUGAAAUUCACCCAAAAAUAAUGUCAUUAACUCACCGGUACACAAUUAAAGAGAAGAAUGGAUCUCGCAAAUAUAAGGUUCAAUCAGAUCCAUUUCUUCUUGGUGGCACUACUAUAUUGAAAGAUAUUAAUGGACGUUGUCUUUGGAAAAUUCGUAAAAGUAGAUUUAGUUACCUCAAUAAAUUAAAAAUUGCGUCAGUCGAUACAAAUGGAACAGAACAUCCAAUUGCGACGAUGCAGGAAAAAUUUAAGUUUAUAACGAAAAAUUUUGCAAUCAAUUCAACAACUUAUGGAAAUUAUAUAAUGAAAAGUUUAAAUGCCAGCGGUGAUUCAUUUGCACUGUGGGAAGAAGACGGUACUAUGGUUGCUAUAAUACUUACAAAAUUGAGCAGUAUAGCCAUUGUACACAAAGUGGAAGUAUUUGGCUCCGACAAUGAUAUGAAUGAAGAAUAUCAUACAUUUAUUUUGGCAUUGAUUGUUAUCUUCAUUCGAUCAUAA